GGACAUUCUAGAGAAGCUCAGCGAUACUCGUUAUGUUCGCUUGCCGGGGAAUCUCGAAGUUCGUCCUCUCAGCGUAUAUCCCGGGACGGCACGUGGCAUCUUCUUCUCUGCAGGUGUUCAGCACAACAUCAUUCACCUCCUUCGCCACGUGGCUCUGACACGUGGCUCAUCAUUUCCUUCCCACGUGCCUCGGACACGUCAGCUUCCGGUCUGUACCUGAGUCUGGAUCUGGGACUACACUGACCAGAAAACGCAUCCCCCCCCCGCUCUCUCUGUUGUUCCCAGCUCUGCAGCCGUCAAGCCAAUCAUCUUAUGCCACGUGGCUCAGCCUGUGAGAGAUAGCGAGCGAGCUCCAACAGAUGAACCGAGCUGACUUUUUUUAUAGUUACCACUCCUGUGUGCUUUUUUUUUUUUUUUUAAUUGCAUUCCUGGUAUUGAAAAUCUCAAACUGAUUUUUUUUUUUUUUCCGAAUCAGGUGGACUCUUUUCGUUCUGAGUGUUAUUGUUAAUUCCCAAAAAAAAAAAAAAAAAAAAAACAGCAAAAGGGGUGCCGCAGUCUCUCGUCUCUCCCCAUGGCCGCCACUGUGCGCUUCUGUUCUCUUUCUCUUCCACUUCUCAUCGUCAUCCUGAUGGCUUUCGUGCUGGUCGUUCUUGAAGCUACUCCUCGUCCCAGCCAUGUCCGGGUCCGGGCUUUCGACGGCGGCGAACGACUGGUCGCAGGCCGCGGGGACAGAAGUUAUGCUGCUGAGCGCCGCCUCUUCGGCAAGUGCAAAACCUUCGCGGAUUGCCAAUGCCACUGUCAUCAUUUUAUACGUUCCCCCUGCGCCUGUCCCGCGGUGUACUACGAAUGCUGCGAAAGGGGAGUGUGCAAAACGCAUUGCAGCCGGUCAUAAAUAAAUGAAGAGCAAGUUGUAGUAGAUAAAAGUUAUGGGAAUCAAUCAUUUGCAGCUCCAAGGUGUUCCAAAGCCAUUCUGAAGCUGUUGUUAAGCUCGUACCGAAGCUGUCCCACCGCUGUCCCACAGCUGUCCCAAAGCUGUUCCAAAGCGUUUUUGAAGCGACCGUCUUCACCCAAGUAGAACGCCCGGUCAUUAUAGCCGUAUUUGAUGCAUUUUUCAGUCCAGAUACGGCCAUAAUUACCGGGCGUUCUAUCGGGUGAAGACGGUAGUAAGGAAGCUCCUGGGAUGUGCAGGAGUCACUCUCACGGCUGGUAACGAGG